AUGGGGCAGCAACAAUCCGGAUUUGGAAAGGGGAACGAGAGAGGUGGUGGUGAUGCGGACAAGGAGAAGAAGAAGAAGUAUGAGGCACCUAUUCCAUCCAGAAUUGGAAAGCGAAAAAAGGGAUCUAAGGGACCGGACACCGCUAGCAAAUUGCCCGCUAUUACUCCUCACGCCCGUUGCCGUCUGAAGCUACUGAGAAGUGAGCGAAUUAAGGAUUACCUUCUGAUGGAGCAGGAGUUUAUUCAGAAUCAAGAGCGCCUUAAGCCACAAGAAGAACGCCAAGAGGAGGAGAGAACGAAGGUGGAUGAGCUUCGAGGUACUCCGAUGGCAGUAGGUUCUCUAGAAGAAAUCAUUGAUGAUCAGCAUGCUAUUGUUUCAACGAAUGUUGGGAGCGAACAUUACGUGAACAUUAUGUCGUUCGUUGACAAAGAACAGCUCGAACCAGGCUGUGCAGUUCUACUCAACCAUAAGAAUCAUGCUGUUAUUGGUGUUCUCGCCGACGAUACCGAUCCAAUGGUUUCAGUAAUGAAACUUGAAAAAGCGCCCCAGGAGACCUAUGCAGAUGUUGGUGGACUGGACCAACAAAUCCAGGAAAUCAAAGAGUCAGUCGAGUUACCCUUGACACAUCCGGAGUAUUAUGAAGAAAUGGGCAUUAAACCACCGAAAGGUGUAAUUUUGUAUGGUUGUCCUGGAACGGGUAAAACUUUGCUAGCAAAAGCUGUCGCUAACCAAACGUCUGCUACAUUCCUUCGAAUUGUUGGAUCUGAGCUUAUUCAAAAAUACCUUGGCGACGGACCCAAAAUGGUGCGAGAGUUGUUCCGUGUUGCCGAAGAAAAUGCCCCGUCAAUCGUAUUUAUUGAUGAGAUUGAUGCUGUUGGUACGAAACGAUAUGAUUCCAAUUCCGGUGGAGAACGCGAGAUCCAGCGAACUAUGCUUGAACUUCUCAAUCAGCUUGAUGGCUUUGAUUCUCGCGGUGAUGUUAAGGUGUUGAUGGCCACGAACCGCAUAGAAUCGCUUGAUCCUGCUCUAAUUCGCCCUGGUCGAAUUGAUAGGAAAAUUGAGUUUCCUUUACCUGAUGAGAAGACUAAGCGAAGGAUUUUCCAAAUUCACACUUCGCGCAUGACAUUGAGUGAUGAUGUGAAUUUGGAGGAAUUCAUUCUGGCCAAGGACGAACUGAGUGGGGCGGACAUUAAGGCUAUGUGCACUGAAGCUGGUUUGUUGGCGCUACGUGAACGUCGCAUGCGCGUCACAAUGGAGGACUUCCGAAAAGCUAAAGAAAAUGUUUUGUAUCGAAAAAAAGAAGGAGCCCCAGAAGAGUUGUACUUGUAA